GCAGUAGCACCAACUCCUCGGAUUGGACGUAAACAAACCGUUACGUGAGUGUACGUGCGCGCUCCCUGACAAGCCGGGCGCGUUUCUUUCCAGAAACAAGAUGACUCCCGCGCGCCCUCGCCCGUCUGUAUCUGUUUCUGCUCUAGGAGUGCCACUCAAGGACGGCACCCACAGCGCGUAGGAGGAGCUAGCGGCGUGUUUCCGCUAAGAGCAGGCCGAGACGGUAACCUAUGCAGCCGUACUGAGAAUUACAGCAGCCGAGCAGUUGGCAGCUACUACAGGAAAUUGUUUAACUACAAUUUGUUUAAUCACCGGGGAGCUGUGGUUGUCCGUAUCGGGUUGGGGAGAAGGAAGAGUAACAGCGGGACUGUAAGCAAUGGAAGCCGAGUUUUUGGAAAUCGAUGAAAACGGGAGUUGGAACGCCAUUUAUCAGGAUAUUCGCCAGCAGUCAUGUGAACUCCCUUGCAAGUUUGCCAAAAGACCCGAAAACAAGACUCGGAACCGUUAUCGAGAUGUCAGCCCAUUUGAUCACAGCAGAAUAUGCCUGCAGCUGGGUACGAACGAUUACAUUAAUGCCAGUCUAAUAACCGUAGAAGAGGCCCAGAGGAACUAUAUUCUCACUCAGGGACCCCUUCCAAGUACAUGUGGCCAUUUCUGGGAGAUGGUGUGGGAGCAGAGAACCCGUGGCGUAGUAAUGCUGAACAGAGUCAUAGAGAAAGGAUCUGUCAAAUGUGCCCAAUACUGGCCACAGAAAGAGGAGAAAGAUGCUGUGUUUGAAGAUACCAAUUUCAAGCUUACGCUUGUCUCAGAGGACAUCAAAUCCUACUACACAGUCCGUCAGCUGGAGUUGGAAAAUCUGUCUACUCAGGAGACACGUGAAAUUUUACAUUUCCACUACACCACCUGGCCUGACUUUGGGGUACCGGAGUCUCCUGCCUCUUUCCUUAACUUCCUCUUCAAGGUGCGAGAAUCAGGUUGUCUGAAUUCAGACCAGGGGCCAGUAGUGGUGCACUGCAGUGCUGGCAUCGGACGCUCUGGGACCUUUUGUCUCGUGGACACCUGCCUUUUGCUGAUGUCACUUCGUAAGGACCCAUCUUCUGUAUCUAUUCGUGAUGUUCUGCUGGAGAUGAGACGCUAUCGAAUGGGCUUGAUACAGACUGCAGAUCAGCUUCGCUUCUCUUACCUGGCUGUCAUUGAAGGUGCAAAGUACAUCAAGGGAGACACAAGUCUGCAGGAGUCAUGGAAAGAGCUCUCAAAUGAGGAAGAUGAUCCCCCUGAGUUCACCCCUCCCCCUCCUCUUCCUCCUCCAAGAGACCCUCUCAAUGGCAAAGUUGAGCCAUCCUUUUUCCCCGAUAACGUGGAGCUCAUCCAACAGAGGGAGAUCUGCAAUCUCGGGUCCUCACAAGAUACAGAUCUGCGAAAGAGGAACAUAGCUGCUCACCAGCCUCCACCUGACAGGCCUGAUAAGUUUGAUGGGAAUGUGGAAAUCCAAGAUCUUACCUCUGAAGCUCCAAACAAAUCCCAGCAGCAGCAAGAGAUGGAGGAGCUAGAGCUGCCUGGGGCAGCAGAGCAGCCAAAGGAAAGCUCUCCUGUGCCGGGGACCUGGUCCCCCCUACUAACCAACGUGUGCCUGUGCACAGCGCUGGCUCUCAGUGCUUAUGUCUGUUAUAGAGCCUGUUUCCACUGAUGUUUAUCCUUCCUCUUCCUUUCUUUUGUUUCUUGUGUCUCCACUGAUGUUGCAAAGUGGACUUGGUGGGCCAAUCAGCCUGCUUUUGACUCUGUAGUUGAGUGGAUUGUUCGUUGUUCGGCAGAUUCAGGUUCACUCAUUUUGAUUUUAUGAAUGCAGUGUGAGGGGUAGUCGGUUGCCUCUCAUUACCCACCCAAACAUUUUUUCCGUACGCCAUUUUGGAUGCUCAGGGCCUCAGUUUUUCAGGUGCCACAUCCCAAAUAUGUGUGUUGACUUCAACAGACUCAACAUAAAACGCACAUCAGUCUGUAAAGGAUAGGGUUUUUAUUGGCCCUGCGGGUCUGUGAACCAGUGUGGAAGUCCUCUUUGCCCAUUUUUGAUGUUGAUCCUGUAUUUACCAAAAUGACACUCGAAUGUGUUUUUUUUUUUCUUUUUCUCCAUCUGUAUGCUUAACUCUCGUGUCCAUCAGAAUUUCAGAUUAUCUUAAUUUAAAUUGGAAAUCAUGUAAGCAGAUUUUUUAGUUUUUUGGACCAGCAGGUCUGAAAACAUGAUUUUAAGGGAGAAACUUUAUGUUCUUCAGUUAUGGGGAAAUCUUCAACAGUAGUAAAGAAAAGCAACUUUGUGCCCACUAAAUGCAUGCAGGGGUGGGGAUUGUAUUGUUAUCUGUCCCCACUCCUGCCUUGUGUUCAGCUAGUUAGGCACAUAAUGGUAUGUGUGUUUCAGUGUGUCUGUACCUUUGCUUAUCUGCUUGUACGUGAGUUGAAUCUGCUCAGUGAGAAAUAUUAAUUGAACAUUUACAAUAAGUCACAUGCAAGUUGUGGAGUAGGUGGCCUGGUAGCUGACAGGUGAAACAAAACGGUGCAGGGAUACAGUGUCACGUCUCUUCCUCAAGUCACUUGCUGUUCUCAGAUUAACAUUUGAGAAAGGUUAGAAUACCCGACUUCAGCUCCUGUCCUCAGCCGCAGUAGAUAAAAUGUCCAACGUAACCUGAAGGCAGCUGAUAUCUGUUGUAUAGCAAGUGAAAGGUGUUCAGUUUGUGCAGUCAUGAAACUGAGUGCCAGCAAAAUGAUCCGAGACACAAAGUAGCUUACACCAAACUCUUUGAAAGCAAUAACAAAAAAAAGGAUCCAAGAGAGUCACCCUUUACAAGACUUAGUCUCAGCAGGGAAGCAGGGAUUUUGAACAAACCAAAACAAAAAAAAAUCAAACACCAGCACAGGGAUGAAAACAAUACACUGUACUGUUUAUCCAUUAAAUCAUGGUAUGGCCCUGAGCUGGUAGUAUUGUUUUGUAUGACUGUUUUUUGUUUGUUUUUGUUUUUAGCAUGCUGCAGUUGUGAAUCAGCAGGUUUAUCCUAAGAGAUUAGUUGAGCUGCUACCACUCGUUUACCUUUGGAACAUGACAAAGUUCAUGACUUUGUCUGACAGCUGUACCUUUUCUUUAGAAUGUAUAAAUGUCCUCUCCAGGGACACAACCCUUAUUGAAUUUAUAUAUAAAUAUAUAUAUUUCAAAUCA